AUGGUGAAACCUGAGUCAUCUGAGGUGGUGGCGGUGCCAGAGCGGGGGAAGAAGCUGCCAACCAGCCUGGACAGGCCAGUGAGGGGUCCCGGUCAGGGUCGGGCACCCCUUCGUUCUGGAUUGAGGAAACUUCACUGGAAAUCCUUUAGGCACCGGUUUCUGGUGACAGCCCCAGGGAGCCUCAGGCCCGGAGGAAACGUGACUGUCGGGGUGGACCUUCUGGAACACAGCCCCUCACAGGUCACCGUGAAGGCGGAGCUGCUCAAGACGGAGUCGAACCUCACCGUGUCUGUCUCAGAAGCAGAAGGGGUCUUUGAGAAAGGCUCUUUCAAGACACUUACUCUUCCUUCACUGUCUCUGAACAGUGCCGAUGGGCUUUAUGAACUGCGGGUGACGGGACAUGCCCAGGGUAUGCUUGUAUUCUCUAAUAGAACACGCUUGUCCUUUGAGACCAAGAGAGUGUCUGUCUUCAUCCAGACAGACAAAGCCCUAUACAAGCCAAAGCAGGAAGUGAAGUUUCGCGUUGUCACUCUCUUCUCGGAUUUCAAGCCGUACAGAACCUCUCUGAACAUUCUCCUGAAGGACCCCAAGUCAAACUUGAUCCAGCAGUGGCUGUCACAACAAAGCGACCUUGGAGUCGUUUCCAAAACUUUUCAGUUAUCUUCCCAUCCAAUACUCGGUGACUGGUCCAUUCAAGUUCAAGUGAACGACCAGACAUAUUAUCAAUCAUUCCAAGUUUCAGAAUAUGUAUUACCAAAGUUUGAGGUGGCUUUGCAGACACCGUUAUAUUGUUCUAUGAAUUCUAAAAAUUUAAAUGGUACCAUCACGGCAAAGUAUACAUAUGGGAAGCCAGUGAGAGGCGAUGUAACACUUACGUUUUCACCUUUAUCCUUCUGGGGAGUGCAGAAAAACAUUACAAAGAAAUUUAAGAUAAACGGAUCUGCAAACUUCUCUUUUCAUGCCGGAGAGAUGAAAAGCAUAAUCGAUUUUUCAAAUGAGCAUCCCGAACACAUGGGUCUGUCUCUACCUGGGCCUGUAGAAAUUUUGGCCACUGUGACAGAGUCACUUACAGGUAUCUCCAGAAAUGCAAGUUCCAAUGUGUUUUUCAAGCCUCACGAUUAUGUCAUUGAAUUUUUUGAUUAUACCACUGUCUUGAAGCCAUCUCUCAACUUCACAGCUAUGGUGAAGAUAACCCGUUCUGAUGGCAAUCGACUGACUCCUGAAGAGAGGAGAAAUAACGUUGUCCUAGCAGUGACACAGACAAACUACACCCAUUACUGGAGCAGAUGGAGUAGCAGAGAUAAAAAGAUAGAAGCUGGCCAGACCCUCAAUUACACUGUCCCUCCCAGUGGGAUCCUGAAGAUUGAAUUCCCCAUCCUGGACAACUGCAGUGAGCUGCAGCUGAAGGCUUAUUUUCUUGAUAGUGAAAAUAGCAUGGCCAUUCAUGGAAUGUUUACAUCUCCUAGUAAGACAUACAUCCAACUAAAAGCAAGAGCUGAUAAUGUAAAGGUGGGGUCACCUUUUGAGUUGGUGGUUAGUGGCAACAAGCAGUUAAAGGAGUUAAGCUAUAUGGUCGUGUCCAGAGGACAGUUGGUGGCUGUAGGCAAACAAAACUCAACAACCUUCUCUUUAACACCAGAAAACUCUUGGGCCCCCAAAGCCUGUAUAAUUGUGUAUUAUGUUGAAGAUGAUGGGGAAAUUAUAAAUGAUGUUCUAAAAAUUCCUGUUCAGCUUGUUUUUAAAAAUAAGAUAAAGCUAUUUUGGAGUAAAGCAAAAGCUGAACCAUCUGAGAAAGUCUCUCUUCGGAUCUCUGUGACACAGCCUGACUCUAUAGUUGGGAUUGUAGCUGUUGACAAGAGUGUGAAUCUGAUGAAUGCCUCUAAUGAUAUUACAAUGGAAAAUGUGGCCCAUGAGUUGGAACUUUAUAACACAGGAUAUUAUCUAGGCAUGUUCAUGAAUUCUUUUGCAGUCUUCCAGGAUUGUGGCCUCUGGGUGCUGACGGAUGCAACCCUUACGAAGGAUUAUAUUGAUGGAGUUUAUGACAGUGCAGAGUAUGCCGAGAGGUUUGUGGAGGAAAACGAAGGAUACAUGGUAGAUAUUCACGACUUUUCUUCGGUUAGCAAUCCACGUGUCCGAAAGCAUUUUCCAGAGACUUGGAUUUGGCUAGACAUCAUCAUGGGUCCCAGGACUUACCAAGAAUUUGAAGUGACUGUACCUGAUACCAUCACUUCCUGGGUGGCUACUGGCUUUGUGCUCUCUGAGGACCUGGGUCUUGGACUAACGGCAGCUCCAGUGGAGCUGCAGGCCUUCCAACCGUUUUUCAUGUUUUUGAAUCUUCCCUACUCUGUUAUCAGAGGUGAAGAGUUUGCUUUGGAAAUAACCAUAUUCAAUUAUUUGAAAGAUGCCACUGAGGUUAAGGUAGUCAUUGAGAAAAGUGACAAAUUUGAUGUUCUCAUGACUUUGAGCGAACAAAAUGCCACAGGACACCAGCAGACUGUGCUGGUUCCCAGUGAGGAUGGGGCAACGGUUCUUUUCCCCAUCAAGCCAACGCAUUUGGGUGAAGUUCCUGUCACAGUCACAGCAGUGUCACCCACUGCUUCUGAUGCUGUUACCCAGAGGAUUCUAGUAAAGGCUGAAGGAAUAGAAAAAUCAUAUUCACAAUCCAUAUUAUUAGACUUGACUGACAACAAGCUACAACGUACCAUGAAAACUUUGAGUUUCUCAUUUCCACCUGACACAGUGGCUGGCAGUGAGAGAGUUGAGAUCACUGCAAUUGGAGAUGUUCUUGGUCCUUCCAUCAACGGCUUGGCCUCACUGAUUCGGAUGCCUUAUGGCUGUGGUGAACAGAACAUGAUCAAUUUUGCUCCAAAUGUUUACGUCUUGGAUUAUCUGACUAAAAAGAAGCAACUGACAGAUUAUUUAAAAGAAAAAGCCCUUUCAUUUAUGAGACAAGGUUACCAGAGAGAACUUCUCUAUCAGAGGGAAGAUGGCUCUUUCAGUGCUUUUGGGAACGACGACCCUGCGGGGAGCACAUGGUUGUCAGCUUUUGUUUUAAGAUGUUUCCUAGAAGCGGAUCCUUACAUAGAUAUUGACCAGAAUGUGUUACACAGAACAUAUACUUGGCUCAAAGGACAUCAGAAAUCCAGUGGUGAAUUUUGGGAGCCAGGAAGAGUGAUCCACAGUGAGCUUCAAGGCGGCAGUCAAAGUCCAGUAACACUUACAGCCUAUAUUGUGACUUCUCUCCUGGGAUAUAGAAAGUAUCAGCCUAAUAUGGAUGUGCAAGAGUCUGUCAACGUUUUGGAGUCUGAGUUCAGUAGAGGCAUUUCGGACAAUUAUACUCUAGCUCUGGUGACUUAUGCACUGUCCUCGGUGGGCAGUCCUGGAGCAAAGGAAGCUUUGGAUGUGCUGACCAGGAGAGCAGAGCAAGGAGAAGGCAUGCAGUUCUGGGUGUCAUCACUGUCCAAGCUCUCUGACUCUUGGCAGCCACGCUCCCUGGACAUUGAGAUCGCAGCCUACGCCCUGCUCUCCUACCUCCUGCAGUUCCGGGUUUCUGAGGGAAUCCCGGUUAUGAGGUGGCUGAGCAGACAGAGAAACAGCCUGGGUGGCUUUGCAUCUACUCAGGAUACCAUUGUGGCCUUAAAGGCCCUAUCUGAAUUUGCAGCCCUGAUGAAUACAGAAAGAACAAAUAUCCAAGUGACCACAAUGAGCCCUAGCUCACCAAAUCCUGUGAAAUUUCUGGUUGACACAUGGAACCGCUUUCUCCUUCAGACUGCAGAGCUUGCUGUGGUACAGCCGAUGACAGUUAAUAUUUCCGCAGAUGGUUUUGGAUUUGCUAUUUGUCAGCUCAAUGUUAUUUAUAAUGUGAAAGAUUCUGGGUCUUCUAGAAGACGAAGGUCUGUCCAAAGUCAAGAGGCCUUUGACCUUGAUGUUGCUGUGAAGGAUAAUGAAGGUGAUGCUGAUCAUGUGGAAUUGAAUGUGUGCACAAGGUUCUUGGGCCCAGCGAGGAGUGGAAUGGCCUUGAUGGAAGUCGGCCUGCUCAGUGGCUUCACGGUGCCUUCAGGUGCGAUUCCUCUGAGCAAGACGGUGAGGAAAGUGGAACACGAUCAUGGAAAACUCAGCCUCUAUCUGGAUUCUGUGAACGAAACCCAGUUUUGUGUUGAUAUUCCUGCUGUGAGAAACUUUAAGGUUUCAAACACUCAAGAUGCUUCGGUGUCCAUAGUGGAUUACUACGAGCCACGGAGACGGGCGGUGAGGAGCUACAACUCGGUGGCACAGCUGUCCUCGUGCGACCUCUGCCGCGAUGUGCAGGGCUGCCUGCCCUGUAAGGACAGGGCGCCCGGCGCCCUCCACUCUGCCUCGGUCACGGUUGUUCUCUGCUUCACGGUCCUGUGCUCUUUGCUGCGGGGGUUGUGACUCCACGGGACACUACCAUUUCCAGAAGUCACAUGUGAUCGCUCUGACUUGUGAAAGUGACUUUCUCCUUCCUGUGGGCCGUGGAGGGUGUAAACAGGCCCUGGUGUGUCACAACUGCACGGAUCUCAGUAUCCGAGCUCUGCAGCUGGAUUCUUAUUCUCCCCCCAUGUCUUUUGGGAUUUUUUUUGGAGGUGUUUGUUUUCUCUGGAAUAAAAGUGUUAUUUUAGAAUA